CUAUUCAUUAUUAAAAAUAAUCAUUUCAAAGGUAAUAAUAAUAUUCAAUCAUUCGGAAAUUUUCAAAAGGCCCAGUUUUUCUCCUCUGACCCCGCGUUUUCUCUUCCUUACGGCCAACGCCAGCUCCCUCCUGACCCUUACCUGCCUCCUCCACCACCGUCGCCGUCCCCGAGAAACCCAUCUUUUUCACUCAAACAAAGAGAAAUCCCGAGCCUCAGUGUCCUGCCUUUUCUACUUCCUUUGCCUUUUGAUUUCUGGGUUUUUGUUUUUGUUUCCCUUAUGGGAAACUGUAACGCCUGCGUUAGACCAGAGGUCGCCGCCGAUGACACGGAGCCGGCGCAAGCGAAUCAUGGGAAGAAGAAGACCAAGGAAAGAAAGUCCAACCCGUACGCCGAACAAAUUCCCUCACCAGCUCCGAUCCGUGUUCUCAAAGACGUAAUUCCACUCAGCCACCGGACUCGAAUCGGCGAUAAGUACAUCCUGGGCCGUGAGCUCGGCCGGGGCGAGUUCGGCAUCACCUAUCUCUGCACAGACCGAGAAAACCGUGAAGCUCUCGCUUGCAAAUCAAUUUCCAAGCGUAAAUUGAGGACCGCCGUCGACAUAGAGGACGUCCGCCGCGAGGUCGCGAUACUGUCAACGUUACCUGAGCACCCAAAUAUUGUGAAACUUAAAGCGACAUAUGAGGAUAACGAAAACGUUCACUUGGUGAUGGAGCUGUGCGAGGGAGGAGAGCUCUUUGACAGGAUUGUGGCCAGGGGUCAUUACAGUGAGCGAGCGGCGGCGGGUGUGGCGAGGACGGUGGCUGAGGUUGUGAAGAUGUGCCACGAGAAUGGAGUUAUGCAUAGAGACUUGAAGCCGGAGAACUUUUUGUUCGCUAAUAAGAAGGAGCAUUCGCCGUUGAAGGUGAUUGACUUCGGUUUGUCUGUGUUCUUCAAGCCUGGGGAGAGAUUUUCAGAGAUCGUGGGGAGUCCAUAUUAUAUGGCACCGGAAGUGCUGAAGCGAAAUUACGGCCCGGAGGUUGAUAUUUGGAGUGCCGGAGUAAUACUUUACAUUCUAUUAUGUGGUGUUCCACCAUUUUGGGCAGAGACCGAGCAGGGUGUGGCUCUAGCAAUUUUGAGAGGGGUGAUUGAUUUCAAGAGGGAACCAUGGCCUCAGAUCUCAGAAAGCGCCAAGAGUCUUGUUCGGCAGAUGUUGGAGCCAGAUCCCAAAAGGAGAUUGACUGCUCACCAGGUGCUUGGUAAGUGCUUUUACUAGUUUUUUUGAUGUUGCUGAUUCUUUUUUUAACAGGGUAAUAUGUUGGGGACUCCAACAUGAGUCGGGUUGUGUUGGGUUAAGAACUGUUGGAAUUUUAUCCCAAAUAAAAUUGUUUGAUCAAG